AUGGAUCUUGAAGCUCUGAUUAAACUGCUCGAAAAGGGGCCCAGUCCAACUCGCCCUCCUAGCACUACCCAAAAGACUCUUCCAAAGUAUCUUUUCGACAUCCUCAAUGCUCACUCUACGAAACCACCAGGUGAAGAUCGAAUCACAACAAUCGAGCCAAUGAAUGAAGAAGAAACUCGAGAACUGAAGCAAUCCGCAGCGACAAUCGUGAUUUCAACCCUUGCGGUUCUUUUGAUCCUCAUCGUUAUUUUGAUCGUGCUUUGGAUGGUGGUGAAAAAAAUGAAGCUCCGGCGGGAGCGAACUCGCGAGGAAGAUGUUAGACCUACAAACUACUAUACCAACGACGAGCUCUACCAGAGGCCAAUGACGGCAGCAGAGAAUCGAAUCAUCCGAACACUCAGCAAAGGUCCAGUAGACAUGGCCAACACAUACGAAACAAUGUCGAAGAACCCGCUGUACGUGCAGGACGAGGACAUCUACGGGGUACCACCAGCGAAUGCGGGAAAGGGAACAGUUAUCCCCGUGCACAUGCCGGUGCGCGCAAGGGAAUUAAUAACUGAAAACCCCAUACACGAGAAAACCGACGUCUCUUCCGAGUCUGAAACUAGCGAUUCCAUAACAAUUUACUCCUCUUCAUCCGGAUACACGACUACUGAAAUCCCAGAGAAACUAUCGAAAAAGCUCAAUCUCGACGAUCUUCGAUGA